AUGAAACCACUUCAAGGUCCUUCGUUCUCCCGGUGGUUGGGCACUGCGAGCAUAAGAAAGCAUCCAUUCCUGGCGAACUCGUGCAACUCCCCGACUCCCGCAAGAUUCUUGAACACUCUAUCAGAGACCAAAAACGAAGGGCCUCUCAAGGGCGUCAGAAUUCUCGAUCUUUCGCGAGUCUUGGCUGCACCCCUAUGCACACAAAUUCUUGCAGACUACGGUGCGGAGGUCAUCAAAGUCGAAGAUGUCGGGAAAGGCGAUGAUACCCGAUACUGGAAAGUGUCAGGUGAACAAAGCGCCUGGAAAGACGACAGUGGCCCGGUGUCAAACUACUUUGCGGCCGUCAACAGGAACAAGCGAUCAAUAUGCCUGAAUCUGAAAGACCCAAGGGGUCGAGAUAUCUUUCUGCGACUUGCAAAAAAGGCCGACGUUGUCGUGGAUAACUUCCGCCCGGGAGCGUUGGACCGGCUGGGGCUCGGGUACGAUGUACUGUCAGCAAUCAACCCUCGAAUCAUUCACGCCAGCGUCUCCGGUUAUGGAUCCGUUGGGCCCUUCUCGAAGCGAGCAGGAUAUGAUAUGAUCGCUGGUGCAGAAGCUGGUCUCUUGCAUUUGACGGGGGAACGUGGGGGUCCUCCUGUGAGGCCUGGUCUCGGUCUUACAGAUAUGUGCACAGGGUUAUUUACUCACGGGGCCAUUCUUGCAGCCUUGUACGCGCGAGAGAUAACCGGCAAAGGACAAAUGGUAAAGGCUUCAUUGUAUGAAACACAGGUCGCCCUCCUUACCAAUGUCGCAUUGGCUUGGUUGAAUCUGGGCCAGGAAGCAGAGCGCUGGGGAACGCAGCAUCCCAGUGUGGUCCCUUACGACGCAUUCAAGACCAAGGACCUAUAUUUUGUCUGCGGAGCAACCAACGACAGCCAGUUCAGGAUCCUCUGCAAGCAGCUCGGCUUGGCCGAUCUGGCCGACGAUCCCAGGUUCACGACCAACGCUGAUCGUGUCAAAAAUCGUGACGACCUCUACCCAGUCCUGAACCGUGCCUUCGAAACGAAGUCAACGGACGAGUGGAUCGAAUUAUUUGAGGGGAGCGGACUACCAUACGCACCGAUCAACACGAUGGAGCGUGUCUUUGAUCAUCCACAGACAAAGGCGACGGAAAUGGUUCACCAGUUGCCAUUCGAUGCUGCCAAGUCAGGGCAGCUUAAGCUACUCGGCCCAGCAGUAAAGUUCAGUGGUACACCGGCUUCUAUCCGAACUGCGCCACCACUACUUGGAGAACAUACCGAUGAUAUCCUUCGAGAACUGGAGCUGUCACAAGCGGAGAUUGAUGAUCUUCAUGCUAGCAAGGUUGUUUGA